AUGGAGCUCACUGGAAAAUUAAUGGAGGCACUUGGGAAUUUGGCAUUCGACAGAGGAAGUAAGUAUUUCUAUUUGGUUGAUAAUCUAAGGUCUCUCGAAACGAAGUUGCAAAGAUUACGCAACAGGAAAAUUGACUUCGAGUCGAAAGUGGAAGUUGCAGAAAGAUCAGGUACUAAGAAAAGGAAAAGGGAGGUUGAGAAUUGGUUUGAUGAGGUAGCCAAAAUAGAGAAUGAAUUCGUUGCAUUGAAAACGAGCAUACAAGAGGGAGGAUUUCUAGAAAAUGCAAUUAGCAGUGGGAAAAGAGUGGAGAAAAUGGACGAGAUUGUAGAGCAACUAAUGGUGCAAAGUGAUAGUGGUCAUUUUGGUGAGCUUUGCCUUGAGGCUUCUGAGAGCAGAGGUGAGCCACGAGAGACAACAGAAUUAUUUGGAGAAAUGUUUCGCAAAGGUCUGGAAACAAUCCCGGCAUGGUUGGACACCAACGAGAUCUUAAGGAUUGGGAUAUGGGGGAUGGGAGGCGUGGGUAAGACUACAUUGGCGGAACACAUCCAUAAUCAUCUCCUUGAGAAUUCUCAAUUCAAGGUUUAUUGGAUUUCUGUCUCCCAAGAUUUUAGCAUCAAAAGGCUGCAAGGUGACGUUGCUAAACGCCUAAGGCUUGAUCUGUCACACGUGGAUGAUGAAAAAGUAAGGGCACGUAGGUUGCGCGACGCAUUCGAGGAAAUGGAGGAAAUGGUAGUGCUCAUGUUGGAUGAUGUUUGGGAAGAAUUUCGUUUAAACAGCUUAGGGAUUGAUGCAAAAAAUUGCAGACUGAUUUUGACUACACGCUCAGAAGAAGUGUGCAACCAGAUGCAAUGCCAUCGCACUUUUGAGUUGAAAACUUUGGACACAAAGAAAGCUUGGGGUUUGUUCAAGCGUAUACUCGGCAGCGAGACCUCGCUUGAUGGAGGUUUGAAAGAUAUUGCCAAGUCCGUUGCGAAAAGGUGUGAUAGCUUGCCUCUUGGUAUUGUCACAGUGGCUGGGAGCAUGAGAGGUGUGAGAGACAUCUGUGAGUGGAGAAAUGCAUUGGAAGACUUGAAAGCAUGUUCAGUAGGGCACGAUAAGAUGGAAAAAAGGGUGUUUCGCAUCCUGGAAUGGAGUUUCAAUCGCCUGAAUAAAUGUGAAAGGAAUUGCUUCUUGUAUUGCUGUCUUUAUCGGGAAGAUUGGAAAAUAAAAAGAAAGGAACUAAUAGGCCUGUUUAUUGGGGCAGAGCUGAUGUCAAAACGGGAAUCAUGGUCAAAAGCAUUUGAUGAAGGUCAAACGAUGUUAAACAAACUGAUAAGAGUUUGCUUGCUGGAAAAAAUUAAAGAUUUCGAAGGGGUUGACUGUGUGAAGAUGCAUGAUUUGGUCAGAGACAUGGCAUUAAGGAUCACGCAUGGAAACUCCAAACCAGAGAGCAGUAGAGAUGAUGUACCACGAUUCUUGGUGAAAAGCUUCGGACAAGAAGAUUCAAAAGUAACACUGGAACAAGAAGAGUGGACACAAGAUCUCCGUGCAGUUUCCUUCUAUUCACAAAAUUCCAAAGGAAUAGAAAUUCCACCAGACUGGUCACCAAAUUGUCCUAAGCUCUCAACCUUGCGUCUUUCUCGGGUUUCCAUAAAAGAAAUCCUAGAUUCAUUCUUUCGGCACAUGUGUGGACUUAAAGUUUUGAAUCUAUCUGAGUGCUAUGGUAUAAAAAAGUUGCCUAAUUGUGUUUCAGACAUGGUGAAUCUCACUGCUUUGAUUUUAAGGGAUUGUAGAGGUCUCCGAUUUGUGCCACCACUGGGAAAGCUCAAGCAAUUGAGGGAUUUGGAUCUAUCUAUAACUCGCAUUCAGGAUUUUCCUGAAGGUUGGGAGUCACUUGUCAGCCUCGAAAGGCUUAACUUGAACGAGUAUCCGACUUUAAAACGAAAGAUAAUACCAAAAGGGACAUUUUCCCAACUUCACCGUCUUCAACUGCUAUUAUUGCCACCCUAUGGUAGGGUACAAGUUAAUGAUCCAGAAGUGUUGAACCAAUUUGAAAGUUUUAUAGGAUGUUUGUCUUUUACAGACUUCUAUAAAAUUACUAGGUGGCCAAAAUGCUAUCAUGUUUAUGUCAACGACAUCUUAACCGAGUAUCCGAGUUUUAAUAUUUAUUGUGGGGACCCAAAAGAACUGUAUUUCCAUCAGUGUAAGUAG